AUGCCAGUGAUCCCGAGGACGGUCCUCAAUGCGACGACGGCAACCAUUACAGUGUUCCGCCGCGGCCUGCCGCUGCGAAAGUAUCUCACCAGUGCAUUUCUGGGCGCGUCUUUGCUACAUCUCAAGCCCGGCCACAUCCAAUAUGCGUCGCCGACGUCGCGGCAGGUCUACCGCGCCUUUAUGACGUCCAUGCUGUCCAAGGCCCAGCGCCGCGGCCAGACGGACCUCGUGGCCAGCCUGCAGACGGACACGCAGCCCCUGCCGGUGGGCGACGCGUCGCUGCUGUGGAUGGGCAGCCGGAAGACGGCGCGCAAGUUCGUCUUGUUCUUCCACGGCGGCGGCUACGUGGCGCCGCUCAUGCCCGGCCACGUGGAAUGGUGCUGGCGCGUCUUUGUGGCGCCGCACGUCGGCACGCCCAACGAGGUGGCCGUCGCCGUGCUGGACUACACGCUGUGCCCGGCGGCGCAGUUCCCGACCGUCCUGAAGCAGGCCGUCGCCGCGCUCGAGAGCCUCCUCGCAUCCGGCGUCCGGCCCGACCAGAUCGUCGUGGGCGGCGACUCCGCCGGCGGCAACCUGACGGCCCAUCUCCUGCGCCACCUGCUGCGCCCCGAGCCGCACGCCCCGCCCGUCCACCUGGCGCAGCCGCUGCUGGGCGCCUUUCUGGUCUCGCCCUGGCUGACCUCGGACAUUGCGCAGGACGCCAUGGUCGAGAACGACGGCGUCGACAUGAUUUGUCCGCGCCACAUCGGCCUCAGCACGCACGUUUUUUACGGCGCGCAGCCGCUCCCCAAGGACGAAGACCUUGUGCUCGGAACCGAGUCCGCCUUUGACAACCUGGCCUCGGUCGUCGGCGACGUCUACGUGACGGCCGGCCAGCAGGAGGUGCUGCGCGACCAGGCGGUCAUGUGGGUGGACAAGGUCCGCCGCCGCAAUGCCGGCUUGAAGAUCGAACUGGCCGUUGCCAAGGACGAGGGCCAUGACUUUAUCUUGCUCGAGGGUGGCCAGCAGCAGACCGGUCCAGCCAUGGAGCGGAUGAAGACGUGGUCGCAGGGCCUGAUUCAAGGCGAGGGACAGAAGGGGAAGCCGUAG